UGAACGACCGAAGAGCCACUUCCACCGUUCCUAACAUGCAGACGUCACUCACAAGAACGUCCCUCAUCUCCUCCUCUUCACGUUCCCCACAACUUCUCUCUCCUCUUCCCUCCCUUCUCCGCCCUCUCCCGCUUCCCUGGAGGUCGUCGUCCACUUUUCGCCCCGUAGGUAGGCCUUGGGCUCUAAAACGACGGCAGCCAAAGCCAAGGACGCGCCGGCAGCGCCGUUUCAGUAAUCUGGGAACGAAAAUGCCGGCGGUGGCGGCCUCCUACCGGUCGGGAAGUGAGGAGCCUGAUGGUGCCCUAACGGAGGCGAUCGAUCGAGAAGUGGCCCUUCCCGGAGAUUCGAGAAAUUGUUCUGCAUCAACAAGACACCAACAAAUCAUGGGGAAUGAGAAAUCUGCAAGAGAAGAUGAAGGGAAACCAUUUUCUUAUUGUUCAAAUUUUUUUCACAAAAGAACAAUAUAUAUGAAAAAUAUAAAAUUUUUUGGGGUAGAGAUGUCUCCAGACAACAUUGCUGUCGCUAUGGUUUAUUUUGUCCAAGGGGUUUUAGGUCUCUCCAGGCUUGCUGUGAGCUUUUAUUUUAAGGAUGACCUUCAUCUUGAUCCAGCAGAGACAGCAGUCAUAACUGGUUUGUCGGCUCUACCCUGGCUUAUAAAGCCACUCUAUGGCUUUAUCAGUGACUCCUUCCCACUUUUUGGUUACCGAAGAAGAUCAUAUCUUGUCCUUUCUGGUUUCCUGGGGGCUCUCUCAUGGGGUAUGAUGGCCACCCUUGUGGAUAACAAGUAUAAUGCUGCCUUCUGUAUUCUUCUUGGAUCUCUUUCAGUUGCUUUCUCUGAUGUGGUUGUAGAUUCCAUGGUUGUGGAAAGAGCUCGUGGUGAAACACAAAGCACUUCUGGAUCCUUGCAAUCUCUAUGUUGGGGUUCUUCUGCUUUUGGUGGUAUUGUGAGUGCCUAUUUUAGUGGCUCAUUGGUGGAUACUUAUGGCACAAGGUUUGUUUUCGGUAUCACGGCCUUUCUUCCCCUGAUGACAUCUGCUGUCGCUCUUCUUGUCAAAGAAAAGGCUAUACAUGAUCUAAAAAGUGGGCAUGACUUUUCUGUCAAUAAUAGCAGCUUUGCUCAGAGCACUAUUCAGCAAGUAACACAGUUGUGGGACACUGUCAGGCAGCCUAACAUAUUGUUGCCCACACUAUUCAUAUUUCUAUGGCAGGCGACACCACAAUCUGAUUCAGCAAUGUUCUUUUUCACCACAAACAAACUUGGCUUCACCCCAGAAUUUUUGGGACGUGUGAAGCUUGUCACUUCUAUUGCUUCACUGAUGGGUGUUGCUCUUUAUAAUGGAUUUCUAAAGAAUGUCUCUUUGAGAAGAAUUUUUCUUUGGAUGACAAUUAUAGGCUCAGGUCUUGGUAUGACACAAGUUCUCCUUGUUACUGGAAUAAAUCGUCAUUUUGGUGUUAGUGACGAGUGGUUUGCAAUGGGGGAUUCAUUGAUUUUAACUGUACUUGGUCAGGCAUCCUUCAUGCCCGUGCUGGUGUUGGCUGCAAGGCUAUGUCCUCCAGGUGUGGAAGCGACCCUAUUUGCUACCUUGAUGUCUAUUUCUAAUGGUGCCAGUGUCACAGGAGGACUGAUUGGUGCCGGUCUCACACAACUCUUUGGCAUCACAAAGGAUAGCUUCACAAAUUUGCCAAUAUUGAUUAUACUCUGUAAUCUCAGCUCCUUGCUUCCUCUACCUCUGCUUGGCCUUCUUCCUAAAGACAAUUCAGAUAAAUCAUCAGUUGUUGAUCCGGAAAGUGCCCUCCAGAGUAUGGAAGAAAUGAAGCUGAAGUGAUCAGCAAGUAUAUGACAGUAAACAAUGAUAAUCACUUGAUAUUAGCAAUGAUCCAAGUGACAGAGCAGUCUAGGGUUACCUAGGUCACCCAAGUUAAGGAGGAUGUUUUUCCUGCUUCUAUAUCUCAGCCAUGGCCUUGCAGUCCUUCGGUCAAACUGGACUGGUAUAAGAGCAUGUUUUGGCAACUGGUUCAGAGGCAGUAUGGAAAAGCUGUGGCAUUGGUUCCUGCUCGAGAUUCAGGGGAAACAAUUCUACCUUGCUUCUGAACUGGUAACCAUACUCUAUCCUGAACUUUCUAGGAAAAUAUUCCUUCACCGCUGGUUAUCCACAAGUUCAGCAGAUGUUCGGACAUGGAGGAAUCAUUUUUUUUUCAUCACACAUGGGAGACAUCAAUUUGGUGAUCACCGGAUCUUGUUAUUUGUUUUCUUCUGGUGAACAUCGAGAAAGGUAUUCCUCAGUUUUGUUGUUAUCUCAUGUGACGCCAGACAUCUCUAGAUAAAACGGGAAGAAACAGUCUGCCAACAAUCUGUCACUCCUUUAGCCACAAGUGAAUCAUCACAUGGUGGGGCCAUGCAGUACCAGGAGCCACGUGUGCUGUCUAUUCCAUAUUCUUGAACCCCUCUCAUUGGCCAAAAGAGGGGCCCCGACCUACUUCUUUGUGUAACUUAGUUCUUGAUGCAGAUCAUCGUGUCUAUCAAUAUAAAAUCGAUAUUGCUACCUCUUUUUGACUUGUGGGAUGCUAAUAUAUUUAUUUCGCGAUUUAAAAUCAUCUA